CUGAGUGUUCGAACUACCAAUAAGAAAGACAAAAUGUAUUUGCUGCCUCUACUUCUAUCGGCCCUCGCAAGUCUCUCCGCGGCGCAGUACUUCACUCACAGGCCCAAGCCACAUCAGCCAGCAUUCGAGCAUGAUCCACAGUACAGGGAGCUGCAGAGGGUAUACGAGUGGAAGAAUAUUCAGUACGGGUUCCCCAGUGAGCGGGAUCGCGAGGAGGUGCUGCGAAAUGGGCGCUACAAUCCCGACAGUCCCAUACCCAUCGACAUAGAUGUGUACUAUCCGCCUCAGGGUGGAGCUGCGCGUCACUUCAUCACGACGCCGCGUUUCGGUCAGGGUGUGCCCUACUCCCUGGGCUAUGUCACCCAGGUGCAGCGUGAGAAUGGCAGCGAGAUUCAGGCAUACCCCAGCUACGACUGGCACAAGAGCCAUGGCGGCGACUGCAAUGGACUGACCUCCGUGUACCGCGUGCACAUUGAUGCCUGCGGCCAGAUGUGGAUACUGGACAGCGGCGAGAUUGAGUUUGUCCAACAUUGUGCGCCCCAAGUGGUGGUCAUUGAUUUGGCCAGCAAUCAGCUGAUACACCGCUACCGUCUGCCCGAGGACACAUUCAAAGCAAAGGUCAGCCGCUUCGUGACCAUCUUGGCGGACAUUCAGGAUCCCCCGCCGCUGGGUGUGUGCAAGGAGGCGUUUGUGUACAUGGCCGAUCCCACCAGCAAGGCCAUUGUCGUGUACGAUGUGAAGGCCAACAAAUCCUGGCGCGUGGAGAACAAGUUUACGUAUCCCGAUGCACGUUUUGGCACCCACACAGUGGCUGGGGAGAGCUUUGAGCUGCUCGACGGUGCCUUGGCCUUGGCCGUGACACCCAAUGGGUUGGGCCUGCGUCGCCAUCUGAUCUUCCAUGCGCUGUCCAAUGAGCUGGAGCUGGCCAUACCCUUGGAUGUGCUGCAGAAUUCCACACGUUGGCAGCGUGGCAUCAGCUCUUCGCUGGAGGAGUUCGUCGCUCUGGGCAGAAGAGGUGUGCAGUGUGCGGCCCAUGCCGUGAGCCGGAGUGGCUUCUGGUUCUGCGGCUUCCUGGAACCCAUCGGCAUCUUCGGCUGGAACAUACAGACACCCUACACCAAGGCCAAUCUCAAGCUGCUGGCACUCAACCCCAAGACCUUGCAAUUUGUGAGUGGCAUGAAGAUCGUGACACGGCCCAGCGAUGGCCGUGAGGAGCUGUGGCUGCUCUCGAAUCGUCUCCAGCGGGUAUUUGGCGGAACCAUCGACUACAAAGAGAUCAAUUAUCGGGUGCAGCGCUGCGACGUCGAUGACAUGCUGCAGGGACGGGGCUGUGUGGGCUCUUAGGCUAUGUAAACGUAAACAAUCUGCUGUGAGCCACCAUAAAAGAUGUCUAUAAAUCUCGAAAAUAUUC